CGCGGAUCCUCAUGGUAUUUGGUUGAUUAUUUUAUUUUUGAAUUGAGUUUGAAAUUAUUAUUAAACAAAAACAUAAGCAAUUAAACGCAAUAUAUAAAAAUGGGAAAAGCUAAAAAAAAGUCACAUCCGAAAAAGCGCACAGCCGCUUUCAAAGGGAAAGAAGCGAGUGAACUUGUGGAGGCACCACAUUCUUUUAUAAUACAUCGUGGGCUAUCCUGUCCAUAUAUAACUGAUUUAACAUUGGAUUUUCGUAAAAUCAUGGAGCCGUUUACAGCAUCUCAGCUAAAGGAAAAGAAAAUUAAUCGUAUUAAGGAUUUUGUUGCAAUGAGUGGCUUUUUUCAUAUCUCACAUAUGUGCAUUUUUAAUAAAGCCUCUUCACAGUUGUCGUUCAAAGUGGUACGAAUGCCGCGUGGUCCUACAUUAACAUUUAAGGUACACCAAUUCACCUUAGCGCGCGAUGUACUCUCAACUAGUAAACGACAAUUUGUAGACGAAGACAUGUUCAAACACUCGCCACUUGUCAUUAUGAAUAAUUUCACAGGUGAUGGCAAACAUCUGAAAUUGAUGGCCAGCACGUUUCAGAAUAUGUUUCCAGCCAUCAAUUUAGCGCAGGUGAAUAUUGCCACAAUUCGUCGAUGUGUACUAUUCUCAUAUACACCGGAUACAAAUUUAAUAGAGAUGCGCCAUUAUUCCAUACAUGUGGUACCGGUUGGCUUGACGCGCGGUGUUAAAAAACUUGUCAUGGGCAAAAUACCAAAUUUAUCUAAAUGUGAAGAUAUUGCCGACUUCAUAAUGCAAGACGGUGGUGCUUCUGAGUCUGAAAUGGAAGAUGAUGAACAAUCCCAAGUAGUUCUGCCACAAACGCUUAAAAGAAAGGGUAAUUUAGAGGACAAUAAGUCGGCUGUUCGUCUUUAUGAAAUUGGCCCACGGCUAACAUUACAACUAAUGAAAAUUGAGGAAGGUUUACUUACUGGUGAAGUACUCUAUCAUGACCACAUAGUAAAGACGGAAGAAGAAAAAGAAGCGUUACGUAAAAUGAUUGAGAAGAAACGUAAACUCAAAGAGUACCGUAAGAAGGUACAGGAAGAAAAUCGUUCACGUAAUUUACGUGCAAAAGAAGAAUCUGCGGGCAAACGUAAAAAAUCGAGAAGCGAAGCUGCUGCCAUUGGGGAUGAAACAAAAGAAGAUAGUGAACCCGAAGAUGAUAAGGAAUAUUAUAAGGAAGAAGUUGGUGAAGAACCUGAUGAAGAACUUUUUAAAGAUGAAAGCAAAACACGAAAACGCGCCAGUUUGCCUUCGAGUAUGAAAUAUAAAAACAAAAAAAUCAAAAAAGCGCAAGAAAAAAAGAAGUAAUUGUAACCAAAUAUAUUUUUGCUUAUUAAAAAAAAAUAUCUACUAUAUAUGUUUUAAGAAUCAAAAUUCUUUACUCGUAAAUAUAUGUAUUUAUAACUUCUAGAUUACAAAAA